GCGAAGAUGGCCUCGAUGAAGGUCUCCGGCGAGAUCGGAGCCAACGUGGGGGAUCGCCAAGAAUCGCCCGACGACCCGCCCGCAGUCGCGGCGACAGCCGCAGACGACGACGCCGCAGCAGCAGCAGCAGCCGCUCAGCCCGGUGAGCCCCCCGGCAACGACGACCCCGCGGACGGUGAGCUCUCAGGCUUCGACGUCGGCCGCAACGGCGACCUCGCCGCCAAGGUUGCCGCGAUGCACAAGCACAAGGAUUCCCUUCGCAAGGAUUACGAGGACAAGCUCGGGGAGCUGGACAAGCAGAUGGCCGAGGCGGCCAUCGCGCAGCACAAGCGCGAGCAGCUCGCGCGCAAGGUGGCCGCCGAGGCCGUCCGUGAGGCGAGGACCUCGCGAGUCUCGCAGCUCGCCAACCUCAUCGCGGCGUCGCUCGAGAUGGUCAAGAAGAGCGGCGACGCGCUCGAUUCGGUGGUGCUCAAGCUGGUGGACCACAUCGAGCAGGACACCCAGGAGCAGAUGAUGGGCCGCGACGGGCCCAAGGGCGACGGCAACGACGACGUCAACUCCAAGGACGGGCCGAGCGGCAUGCAGGAUAAGCUCAUGAAGCUGAUGCUGUCCAGCCCCAGCGACGAGCAACUCGAGGACGCCGUGGCCAUCAUGGAGGGGAUGAAGCCCAAGGCUGAGUGGGACAACAUGCAGUCGCUCACCGCGCAACUCGGCAACCUCACAAACUACAUGAGCAGGUUGGAGGGGAAGAUGACGGACGAGGAGGAGGCGCAGGCGAUCGCGGACAGGGUCCUCGCGGAGGAGGCCGCCGCCAACGGCGAGGGCGGUGACCCGGCGGCUGCCGACCAGGCCGGCGACGGGGCGCCCGCCGCCGCUGCCCCCGAGCCGGAGGUUGAGCCGGCGACUGAGGCGGACGAGGUGGCGUCCGACGACCUCCCGGUCCCCAAGGAGCUCAUGGAGCAACUCAACGUGCUGAGGGGCAAGAAGAAGUACCUCGAGGAGAUCAAGCAGCUCGAGCUGGCGGUCAGGGCGCUGCAGGAGGAGCAGGCGGCGGGAUUUCCCCCCGAGGUUGAGCCGCCGACGGUGAUGCCGGGCGACGAGGACGACGACGAUAACGCGCCCGCGCCCGAACCCGCCGCGGAGUGACGACCCAACCCGCGACUUUACGUGGUGUACCCUCGCGCGACGAACGAGACGCGCGCGACGCGACGCGACGCCCCUUCGCACCCUUUCCGAUUCGGAGUAGCUGUGAAUACCCGG